AUGUCUGGGCGCCCGAGCAGCCAGAAGCAGCCCCGAGGGGGACAUUUGCUGAUCUUUCCUCCCCUGCCGCCACCUGGGGCCUUACCGGCCGUCAAGAAAACGGAUGCUCUAUCGAGCACCGGCCGGUCGGUACCCAAUCGUCGACGAUCUCACCGGAAAUCUCGCACCGGGUGUCGUAUCUGUAAAGAACGGCGGGUCAAAUGCGACGAAACGAUGCCGCAGUGUCGCCGCUGCCAAAUCUAUGGCAUCACCUGCGACUUCGCGCCGCCGCAGACGUCACCGCAGCGGAACGGCGCGUUGGCCUUGGAUGCGAUGACUGCCAACGUCAACAACGUCUUAGACAGCGACCGGCGCUCGCCGGCCGUCGCAACGUCGAACCGAUCGCUGGGAUUGGCCACCUUGAUUCAUUUUACAGAGAUGGUCGGGGCGCGCCAGACGGCGUACGCCCCGAUCAAACAGGUCUUGCGGGACCGAACCAUUCCGCUGGCGUUGACGGAGCCUUGCUUGUUGAACGCCAUGCUAGCGGUCGCCAGCACGCACCAAGCCAAUCUCACCCCCGGCGACUCGCACCGAAGCCUGGUGGCGACGCGGUUUCGCCAGGCGUCCGUACACAUCUACCGGCUCAAGCUGCAGGAACCGAUCACUCGUCACACCAUGGAUGUGCUUCUGACCACCUGCUUGCUCGUCGCCAUGUUCUCCUUCUCCGCACCCAGCGUCUCCCCCCGUCACUCCUGGAUCUUUUCGGAUGAUCCUGGCGCCUUGAAUUGGCUGCUCAUCCAGGGCGGGCUAGCCUCUCUCAUCGAUUGCAUCAUGCCGUGGAUCAACGAGAGCAUCUGGUGCGAUGCGUUUCUGAUCUCCAGCGCCUACGAGCUGUACGACGACCAUCGCACGGGGCGGGAGGGUCUCGACGAGGAGCUGGCCGACCUCUGCGAAAUCUCCGACACGACGACUGAGGAGACCAAUCCGUACCACUGGCCGUUGCGGAUGCUGAGCCCAUUGCUGCGUCUGCCUCUUACCAAGAUCGACGCGAAUCGCAUCUCGAGCUUUAUGGGCCGACUUCCGCCGGAGUACCUGCGUCUGGUGCAAGCGAGGGACGCGAGAGCGCUCCUGCUGCUGGGCUACUGGCUGGCCGUGAUGUGUUCCGUCCAUGACUGGUGGAUCGACGCGCGAGUUCGGUCCGAGUGCCAGGCCAUCUGCAUGUAUCUGGAGGCAUCCGGCGACAGACGCAUCGCAAGGUUCCUGGAUUUUCCGGCUUCGGCGUGUGGGUAUCGAGCGAUGCUCUAG